GCGUUAUAGAGAGGCGCGUGGCGCGUCUCCUAGACGUGCCGCGUCUUCACGCCAGAUACUUGUCGAGCUUGAGCUGGAUCGAGUUCUUUCGGUGCCGUGCCCGGCCCGAGCCCGAGGCGACGAUGCUCCGCCACUGAAGAAAUGCCACUGAGCGUGAAAUCGACGGAAUUUGAUUUGCACUGCGGCGAUUUGUGGUCAGAGAUAUCUGCUCCAGAGACUGACUCCGAGAGCGAACACUCUCGCUCGUUUGUAGUCUCGGAUUGCCUUCUUGAUCGAUCGAUUGAUUCUCGAUAACUUUCAUUCCCUUUGUGACACCUUGUGCAUUCUUGCACCUCCUUGUGCUUUUCGAUCUCACCUUUAAUUUGACUUCUUGGCCUCUCUCCCUCUUUUUUUUUUUUCUCUCUCCAGAUGAUUUCUCUUAUCCUAACAUCAGUGUGGAUCAGUGGAGUGGAGUGGAGUGGACUUCAGAUUUAGUUUCAGUCUUCCCUGAUCCUCACAUCCGGCCUCUCAUUUAAAGGCCUUUACACUUCUCUUGACUUUUUUUUUUUGGAAACAGGAUUUCAGUACUACGUGGCCUUGGCCGUGGUCAAUGUUACACCCAGCGACGGUGCUCUUUUCCACUGAGAAGCCUCUGCCUUCCGAUGCAGAUGCGACUACACAUGUCAUUUUCUGGGAGUCGUUUUGACCACAUCUGGCGCAUAGUAAUUCCAGGCGUUCUGGACUUUGAAGCGGUUCUUCUGAAUCUGAAGAUUGCAAAGUUGUUAUGGUUUCGAGAAUUUUAGACGAUAUAAAUCAUCAGAUAGAAUCCGGUGGAUGUUUCAGGCGAUGAUAUUACUUAAAAUCCAGUGCUUGACAGUCCCGAUCAGAAGCAGCGACAAGUGAUUACAACUGGUGACACAUUGAGGUCUGCCACGAAUCUCAUAGACUCACUAGUAAGCCAUAGAAGAACCAAAUUACUUCUGGCACUCGCCCAGUGACGAGCUUGUGAAUUAACAAACACGCAUGAUCUUCACUUUCCAGGUGUAUGAAGAAGGUGUCACCGACACCUUCUGCAUGCUUGAAAGCGAAACCUACGGCACUAAUCAGCUCUAGUACUCAGAAAUAAUAGCGCGAGAGUGAGAGUGAGAGAGAGUCUCCUUGGGAGUUUUGACCAGCAGAGGACUGCGUAAUGGUAUUAGUAGGACGCAAUCGGUGAAUCCCGGAAGUUGACAAAAAGCGUCAACACGGCAACGAAGAUUCGGUGACGUUAUCUUAGACCUCAUCCGUGUCAAAGUUCUCCCAAACCUUAGAAUGAAGAGAGGAAGGAAACAAGGUAUAACAUAGGAGCGAUGACCUGCUCCAACGACAAAGUAUCAGGUUAACUCCAAGUGAUCGAAUACUCCAAUCAUGCAAGUAAGGGGACUAAUUUUAGCGAGAGCCCCCACGGGCAGGGAAAAAGAUUCUGCCAUAUCACGGCUCUGCCGUAGCCCCAGAAACAUGCAACCAAGCGGAUGCUUGACUUCUCACCGGCAAUCCCAAGCCCAAGGGACCCGAACCAGAGCCAAAGACGCGAGACGCUGCGUUACAGGAAUCUCGACAUGUGAAGUGUUCGGCGUCUGAGCCAGUAACAAGGGAUACGCAGAAUCGGAGAAUCGAAGACGCCAGUUAUCCUCUGCAUCGGGGGAGAACGAAAGCAGGACUAGGAGGUGGUCCUGCGUCUUAUAGUUGCGUGAAGCGCAGGGUUGCGUGACGGCCGGCGUCCGUGAUUGAAUUCUAGUCAACCACGCCUCUGCUCCGCUCCCUUCUUUUCUCGUCUGUACAGAACGGGAGGUCUUAACGCUAAGCCCGCAUUUCCAUGUUUGCUCAUUAAUCCAUUUGGGGUCGAGAGCAGCCCCGGUGGGGCCAGCCCAGGUGAAGAGCUCAUGGCCAGUUGCUGUGGAGUGCAAGAAAUGCACUUUCUCAACCAACCGCAACUUUUAAGUGCACUGAACGUCAAACUGCCUCGCUCCCGAAUCGGCGGAACGGUCGAGCCUGAAACUGCCCCACCCCGGUGCCCCUGCCCCGCUCUGCCGCUCUCUUUUCGCUCGACUCUUGAUUACCGAUCGAUUAUUAUCGCAUCAGGAUGUUAUUGUUCAUGUAUUCACCGAUACGCACGUUGCUACUGAAUCUGUCUCUCUCCCCUUUUCGUAUUUAUAGUUAAAGCAGUUCAUCGUGGGCUUCUUUUCUUUUCGUUGUUUAUUCUCUUCCCAACUCCAUUCAUCCCUCCCUCCCUCCCUUCCUCCCUGGCGGAUUGCUGGCAGUUGGAUCUACCCGAGACCUGCUCCCUCCGCCUCACUGUAUAUACGAUUUCAUCACUUGUGCAUCCAUUCGUUCGCUCGUUCGUUCAUUCUUCGUUAGUUCGUUCCCGAUGAACUAACCUCGUUUGAACGAGGCUGUAAAGAUUCUAUUGAAGUUUGAACAAUAAUUGUUAAUAAAUCCGGUACAGUGUAGAAGUGUACAGAGUAGAAGAAUGGCGGCAGUCUCUUUGUGUCAGCCUCAUGGGCUCGUGUCUGCACUUCCUGUGAAGAAAUCAUCCAGAUGGCGCGGGUUCAGAUCCAGAGAAAUAUGGGAAAGGUCUCAGAGCGGAGGUCCCAUCAACUCUUGCACCGACAUCAUCAGCUCAGCUUGCGUCGCCAGCCCCGCCAAUUUCAAGCAAGCAGCCACGAGACGAGCUCGAAACGCCUCCUUGUGCAAAAGUUCUCACUCGGCUGGAAACGCUCUUUCCUCUGGUUUUUGGUCCUCGGACGACGUCAUUAGGAGAUUGCGCCGGAGUAAGAGUGUUGGAAGUUUACACUCCAGCUCGUUGACCUGCUAUCCUCAAGUGGAGGCUAGGUUAUUUGGCCCAGCUAUAUUUCAGGCAGCCAAGCUGCGCGUGUUGACAUUGGGAAGAGAAAGCAAGAAAGGUCCUUCUGAGGUGGUCGAGCCUCCUCGUGUAUAUACCGUGACACAUAGUGAUCUUACUGCUCAUUUGACCUUGGCCAUAGCCCGUGAGAUCAACAAAACUCAGUUUAUGGGUUGGUACAGUCAGUUACAACGAGAUGAGGUGUUAGCAGAGUGGAGAAAAACCAAAGGUGUCCUAUCACUGCACGUCCAUUGCCACAUAAGUGGCGGCAACUGGCUUCACUACUUUAUAGCCAAGCUCCGAUUUUUCAUUUUUCAGAAGGAACUGCCCAUGGUACUCGAAGCCAUCUUACAUGGAGACACUGAAUUAUUCAAGAAGCACCCAGAGCUACAAACUGCACCUGUGUAUGUGUAUUUUCAUUCGAAUGUAGAGGAGUACAAUCGCUUGGAAUAUUGGGGACCUCUAGUUGAAGCUACUAAGAGACCACCGCAGAUGGGCAACACCCGAAAAGCUCUUGACGACUUAAGGGAACAGCUUUUGGCAGAUGGAACGUGUGUGGAUCCAUGUGAAUGUUGUUCUCGUCAUGAGACGGUUAUGCCUAUCCCAGACUCUCUGCGAAGAUAUUUUGGUUUUAAAGACACUCAAAAACAGGAGCAACAACUAUAACACCGACCUCCAAUGCAACUUCCUUCAAUUCUGAGGCCGAGCUUAUGUAUAUGGUAAGAGUAGUUGUCCCAUUAAUUUUUAGAAUGGACGAUUAUUUCAGCACCUCGGGAAGGUCAUAAAUCUGACGACUUAUCAUCCUUGAAUUCCGUCAAAAGAUCUUCACAAGCGUAGAUAUGCACUAACCAACUCUGCUCCCAUUCUUUCACCAAUGAUCCACAAGGUUUUGUAUAGUCCCGGGACGGUUAUGUGGACCGAUUGACGAUAGAUGAUGACGAAAGUAGCCGUAGGUCUUCGAAAUGACAUAUAUCGAAUUCUUGUUGUGACCAGAUUAGUGAAGUAAGAUACAGAAGUUACAUAUAUAUGCUACAAUUGGUUAUUGUCAAUGAUUAAGGGGAUUGGUACGGGCUGGAACCUACAGAGUCACGUAGGUGUAAUUCGACCCUUGUACACAUAUAACGUUCAUACGUAGAACUUGUACAGAUUGUUACAGCCAAGUGGCUGAUCGUAAAUGUAAAUCAUGUAGAUUUGUACAGAAAUCGAGUUGUUAUACUGAUUGUAAACUCGUAACACCGCUAAGCCGUCUCUCAAGACAUGGGUAAAAUUUUUGUUACAUGUACUAUAGAUCUGGUGUUGAUUAUC